AUGGCGCGUGGGUGGCGGCGGUGGCGGGAGAGGGGGCACUGCAUGCGCUCCGUCUCAGCCGGCGGCAGCGGAUCCAGAUACCUUAUGGAGAGAAGCCAUGCCGAGGUCUGGAGGCCAUCCUCCGUCUCGAGCUCGUCAAGGAUGACUGUUGGCGCGGUGACGGACAGAGUCGGAGCGAGCGAGGAAUGUCUGGUGCUCGACGAAAUGCCAAGUCAAGGAAAAGAUUGGAUAUCUUUAGGGUUCCACUAUAAGUUACAUUACAUCGAGGAAAAGGUGUCUGUUGAUCAAUUGUACCAUCGGUUGUUCUGUUCACCGAACGUCUGUCCAAGUACUAAGGAGACUUUAUCCCACACUUUGACUGCUCCAAACCACCUCCUCCGUGAUAUGAUUGCUGCAUGGCGUCUUGAUCACAUGGCCCGUUCCUCAUCUAACAAUGCUGAUACACUCUCCAUCCCUGUGGAACCUUCAGAGGAGCAAAUCCAAGCUAUCUUACAAAAAUUCUCAGGGCAUUCAGUGAUGCAGGAGCAGGCUUUGCACGAGAUUCAGCUACUCUCCAAAACAACCAAGGGAGAGCAACCUUGCCUUCACAAGUGUGCAGGGCUGCUUCCAGGGCUGAUAGAUCUUCAGAAGAAUUGGAAGUCGACAUGGUCACAGGAGCUGGAGGAACAGAGGCCCGGAGUAAUCCUUAAUUUGUCUGUUCACAGGCCAAACAGGGAGAUCCUAGCUGGAGCGAACCAACUCCCUGUUCUUCUGAAGAAGAUCAUCCAUAAGCUACAUAAACAUGGAAGUCCAGCAUCACAUUUGGCAAAGGUAGCUUCGAUAGUUGCCAUCCUGUCAGAGUUUGACAUGUUUAGGAAAAGGGUACUCGAUAUUGGUGGGAUGGAAAUGCUCCGGGAUCUGCUCAGGAUUGAGGAUGUUUUUGUAAGGAAGGAGGCUGUCACUGCAAUCCGUGGACUCUGUGCAGAUGAGGAAGGAAAGAUAAAUGCUCAAUCUUAUAACGUGCCUGAUGCCCUGCUGGAAUACCUCAUGAGAGACGUGCAUAAGAUGGAGCAGGUGAAGAACCUGGAGGACUUUAAGGAGCGGCUGAGGGAGCUGUCAUCAGGUACAUUACCGAUGCAGACAAUGUUAAAGGUGGACACGAUAAUCAACUGUCUGUCCAAGGAGUUUCCUGCUCCUGUAAAUCCGUGA